UUCUGCUAGAAAUGAGCACUCAGGAGUUUCUUCAGCAUGACAACACCUUUCCCCCGGGUGGGGCUAGAUGUGAGACAUACAUGUGGUAAUUGCAUCUCAGUAGCUCACUAAUUGAUAUGCAGUAUAAAGCCCAAUGGAUAAGGUACUUGCUGGGAUUUUUGUUAGACAUUUCAUUUUAUCUAAGUUCCAGUUUAGUUGGAGUAGUACUGUGCCAUGAUUUGGGAUAAAAGACUUUUCUACCUGACUGUCCAGCUGUCUGCUGUAAUCCGCUUGGGAACUCCAAUGCAAAAUGAAACCAUGAUAAAUACUGGCUCUGAGCUUUCUGAGAAUACAUACAUACAGAAACUUUUGCAGCAUGUUGACCAUAAUGAGAAGGAAACCAUUCCAUUUAUUGGCCUGACAAAAAAUAAUGCACUAGACAAGCAUUGUUGUAAGAAUGGAGGGACGUGUGUUUUGGGAAGCUUCUGUGCAUGUCCGAAACAUUUUACUGGAAGAUAUUGUGAGCUUCAUGUCCAUAACCGGAAAUGUGGAAUUAUUGCACAUGGCCACUGGAUACAGAAGACGUGUGCUUUAUGCAGAUGUAUGUAUGGAACUAUGCACUGCUUUGCAUCUGGUGACUGUGAUGCAAAGGAUUAUGUGAAAGACACCCAUAUAUUUCUAUCAAGAAGCCCAAGCGUAUCCUACUGCCUCACCUCAUGGUUUUUAGUUAUUGCUGCCAGUAACACAUUGCUGCACUAAGAUUUUCUUUAUAAGAAAGCAAAUAUUUAUAUAUAGUAUAUUUUUAAUCCAAUAUAGAACUUGAAUUUAUAGAAGAUGAUUCUUUUUUUAAAAUGUUUUUUUUCUAAUGAAAUGCUAGCUAUUAUACAUAUUCUCUUUGCUCUUCAUUCAAAAUAUUUUAUAUAUGUAUAUCUCUAUAUCACCAAUAUUACAUUCAAGCCGUUGUUUUUAAAAUUUAAUAUGUAAAUCAAUAUUUAGACUUAUGAAACCUGUAGAUAUACUGGUGGGUUUUUUUUUUUUUUUUUUUUUAAAUCAUGCUCCAAAUGGGUAUAAAAUGGUUGAAAUUACCUAAUCUCCAGAAGUAGGCUGCUGUAUGAUCUGAACACUGACCAAAUCAGACAAGUUCAUCUCGUAUGGUAAAAUCUCCAAACAAGCAGAUAUCGCCAUAUAUGGGCAGGUUAAUACCUGACAGUCCAAUUGCUUACAUAAAAAAUUAUAUAAAAGUGGUCACAACGCACCUUCGUUCAUUGAAUUAAGGGCAUAUUCACUUAUACCACCAAGUUAUUUCACCUUUGGCGUGAGAAAAAACUUAACCAGAUGCACAGUGCUAAUCAAACUUCUCUGUAGAUGGUGCUAAAUAUGAUUAAUGUUUUAUGAGCCUAUAGUAAAAAUAAGAAUGAAUUGAUAGAACUUGAGUUGCGCUUAGACCACAAGGUCCAGGAUACACUCCUGGAAAAAAUUGGACCGGUGAUAUCAUUACUGCACAAAAUAAAUUUUGUGUGAAAACUUAACAGUUUAUAUCUAUUCUGACCUGAGCACACUGUUUAUAAAAAUGUACACACAAGUUUAAAAUGUGUGCACAAAAGAAUUUUACUGUGUGCAUAGCCGACAAGGAAUUAGAGAUAAUAUUGCUUCCCAGGUGCCUUGUGCUGACUGGAUCUUACAGAACACACAACAUUUCUAGUUCUAAGAUUCGACUACAAACAGGUGUGUUGAAAAAUAUAAACUGUGGUGUGCAUUGUGGUUAAGUAUAAAGAUGUUGACUGGUGGGGGAUAAUUAAACCCUCAGAAAUAUAUUUCACAAUAUACAGAAAGCAAUAGAUAUUGAGUAUGUGUUUUUUUCUGUUUAAUCGAACCAUAUAAGACGUCACCAUGGAGUUCAAUGACCAUAAGAAGACUCCACUUCUAAAAGCUUUUGUACAGGUCAUGGAACUUUGAGGUGAUGUCUAAUAUCCCUAUAUUUUACAAAAUAUGUAGGUUAUAUUUUAAUAAAGCACAAUCCAUCAAUAUGGAUUACAGUAGGGGGGUACACUAUUUGAUAUAUAACAUGCCCUUUUGUGUCUGCUGAUGUCAAAAUACUGAUAUAUACUGAGUCUAUUAAUCAUUUUAUUUUCAUUUUUUUUCUGCUAGCACUAGUGUAAAACUAUAGCUCACAUAUAUGCACUUGUGCUUGAAGUUUUUUUUGUUGACAAUUAUGUAUAUAUUAUAUCAAAGCAGAAGCCAGUGAACGUUUUGAACUUUUCAAACAUCACUUUUAUUCAAUUGAUAUAUUUAAUAAUCUUUUAACAGAGCUAAGGGAUAUGUUGGCAAAAAGGGAGAUUGUGCUGGGGAAAAAAUACAAAACUGUCAUUAGAUUAGUUUCUCCACAUUUUGUGUAUGCAAGAUAUGUUUGUAAACUGGUGUAGUGUUUAUAGUCUCCAAUCUCCAAUAAACAGUUAUUUACUGCUGGGUCACUUUUGUACAAGAUUAUUUCUGAUAAUCUACCUUCUCGAAAAUAAAUGGCUUUAUAUUAA